AUGUCAAGCGGAGGUGACAUAGUAAGACUGGAAUGUCGAAUAUGUUCGAAGAUGUGUCCGUAUAUUGAAAUGCAACAGAUAUUACCGUGUUUUCACUUGUUUUGUCGUGGAUGCAUCGCCGUCCUAACAUCUUACCAAAAGAUUAAUCAAGCAGAUAAUAGAAAGAGCAAAAUAAUUUCUGCAGAUGGGAUGACUUGUCCAGCAACAAAUUGCUAUUCUCAUAUUCGUAAUGCUGUAACAGAUUCUCAUCCACUUACCAUUAAUUACUGUGAUAAUAUGAUGUGUCCGAAAAAAUUAUCACAAUUUGAAUCUACUCGUUUAAUUGCAUGUCAACAUGAACUUUGCACCACAUGUUUAGAAGAAUCACUGCAACGACAACCACCUACUUGCAUCGUAGAAAAUUGCAAUCGAAGUAUUAUUGAAGUGGAAGAUGCAUAUUUUUGUGAUAACUGCAGCAAACAAACAGCUGAUUCGAAGGCAUUGAUUGCUACCAAUUGUUGCAAAUGUCAUUUUUGCAAGCAAUGUGUUGAAAAUCGGGUAAAUAUGGGUUUAUUAAACAGGGAAACGCUGAUAUGUAUUGAUGGAAAAUGUCUGUCAAAAAAGAAGAAAAUUGAAAGCGAAGAGGCACAAGUGAAAUGUAAAGUGAAAGAUGAUUGUGAACGUGUAGCUCUUAAUGGCUUUCCGUCAAAUUCAGAAUGCAAUCAUGAUAUAUGCAUUGAAUGUCUCACUGAUAUGAUUUCCGAUUGCGAAGCAAGUGGAGUAGCUCCAAUGUGUCCUCAGCCAUCAUGUCGUCAGUACUACACGAUUGAAUCGGUGAAUGCAUUACGUACACUCUUUCCACAGAAAGCUGAAUUUUUUCAGCGAUUUGAUUUGAGCGAGCGAAAGACGGAACAUUUUUGCAAAGACGAUUCUGUGACUUUUGUGGACCUUUCAUCUGACUUCGAUUUUGCAUCAAGAUGUAUGACUGUACGCAUAAUGGCCGACGGCGAUGAAGAAGCGGAAGGAAUUUUAAUUUACGAUAAGCAGGGAACUGUUGGUGAUUUUAUUCGUGAAGUUCGUCGUGUUCUUAAAAUACUACCUUAUGAAAAAAUAUAUGGCUAUUUUAUUAAACGUGAGGAUGAUGGAAAAGAUGGAAAUGAGAUAGAUCAAGAAAUUGCCAUUGAUGCCGUAUCGCUAACUAAAUGUAUCAGUGUAUUACAUCUGACCUCAGCCUCUGUUGUUCACGUUGAUACCGCUGGCAUCGUGCAACGUAAAUCUCCAAACAAAACAAAUAUUCCAAAGUGA